GUGACGUCACACAGUGGGGAAGACGACGAGCUCGUCUGUAACCGUGUAGAGAUUGAGUGUGUUAUAUUUCUUCUCCCCCCUGUAUGUGUCUGCUCUUUCUCUCGUCAUGAUUCCCGUGCCGCUCGUGGUGUGUGUUUUGUGCGGCUGGUGCUUCGUCUAUCUAACAGACGUGCUUCUGAAGUUGUCUGAGUCAUAUGGUCAUUGUUAUGAGAUGUGGCUAGGGUCAAAGGGUCUCUCUCUCUCUCCGUUCCACAUCCGCUGGCAGACCUCCCUCUUCAACCGCCUCUUCUCACGCUGCGCUCGCAUCAACCCACACGCCCUCUACCUCUGGUUUACCAGUGGUCUAGUGUUUGGGCUGGUGUCUAUGUGUGGUUCGGUGGUGCUGCUGAUUAGAACCCUGCAGCAGACUGUCCAUCAGAUGACAUCAGACCACCCUCAGGGAGCCAAUCAACAAACACUACAGGUGGUGGUCCCAGGUAUAAACCUGCCAGUCAGCCAGCUGGCCUACUUCUUCUCUGCUUUGCUGGUCAGUGGGGUCAUACACGAACUGGGCCAUGCCGUGGCAGCAAUAAGGGAGCAGGUACGUGUGAAUGGUUUCGGUGUGUUUGUGUUCGUGGUGUAUCCCGGAGCUUUCGUAGAUCUCUUCACCACACACCUCAACCUCAUCUCACCUGCCCAACAGCUACGCAUCUUCUGUGCAGGGGUGUGGCAUAACUUUGUGCUGUGUGUAGCAGCAUUGUGUUUCCUCUUCCUGUUGCCUGUCUUCCUGUUUCCUGUUUACUACACUGGGGCUGGAGCCCUCGUCACUGAGGUGGUGCAGGGCUCUCCUGCAGAUGGUCCUAGAGGUCUGUCAAUAGGUGACAUGGUGACCGGGCUGGAGGAUUGUGAUGUCAGAACAGUAGAGGACUGGAACUCCUGUCUCACAAUCCACACUCACACACCUCAGACUGGAUACUGCAUCCCAACACACACCCUGCAACCCAGCUGGGCCCAUGGUCGAGUUUACAGGAGGUUGGAUACUUCCAUAGAAUGCUGCAGUAACAACAGUCUGACUGAUCUUUGCUUCUCCUACACCAAACUACAGGAGAUGGAGUAUGCGUGUCUCCCGGCUCGUAAGAUGCUGUCUGGAAGCCGUGUGUGUCGCAGCAACGCAGACUGCCUCACUCACACACAUCUUGACACAGACCCUGACACACACUCACCCAGUGUCUGUGUCACACCUUCACUGGAGAACCAGACCAGGUUGAUCCGUCUUACUCAUCCACCCAAUACACAGAUGCUGUUUGUGGGAUACCCUCCUCACCUCCAAUAUGCAGUCAGUCUGACCAACUUUGCUCCUCGCUUCGGCUUCCUGAACCUGGACCUACCUGUUGUCAUGGAGACCUUCUGCAAAUACGUUGUGUCCCUGUCUGGAGCGUUAGCCGUGGUCAACUCUGUUCCAUGCUUCGCUCUCGAUGGCCAAUGGAUGCUCUCCGCUCUGCUGGAGGCCACGCUGGUCACUGUGGUUACAGAUCGGCAGCACCGGGAGCUGAUUGGCUUUUUCCUGUUGCUGGGAGGAAGUGCUCUGCUGGCUGCUAAUGUAGCGCUGGGGCUGUGGAUGGUUACUGCCCGGUAACGGUAACUAUGACUACAAACCACCACCAACGCCUCCAUGGCAACCAACGCCAAGAGACUAUCUCCCGGGGUGCUGUGCCGUGCCUCCGCACAAAGGCAUUGUGGGUCUCUUCCUGCUCCUCUCUGAAAGACUCCAGUUCCCAUCAGGCACUGCGGUGCACAUGGUGACUAAGGGAUGCUGGGGAAAUGUUGUGUUCAGCUGCACCUUCUCUACUCUCUGGAAUGUGUGUGUGUGUCGCGUCACAAGCGCUGUGAGGAGGUAUGUGUUUCUGUUUUCUAGGGAUUUCAUGAUACAUUAUUGUUUUAUCUAUUUGUCCCAACUCUUUCUGUCUGUCUGUCUCUCAAUUUAAUUUAAUUCGAGGGCUUUAUUGGCAUGGGAAACAUAUGUUUACAUUGCCAAAGCAACUGAAAUUGAUAAUAAACAAUAAAAAUGAACAGUAAACAUUAUACUCACAGAAGUUGCAAAAGAAAGACAUUUAAAAUAUAUUGCUCUCUCCCAAUUUCUCUGUGAAAUAAAGAGGAAUAAUCUCA